GCUGUCAUCUGAUUGGUUGGAGGUGCGAAUCCUGUCUCCUGAUUGGAUAUGACGCGUCAAGUAGCUAGCGUGGACGGAAGGGCUGAGUGAAUGGGGUAGUAGUGCAUGUUUGUAGGGAGAAGCUGCAGUUCCGGUUCAGUGUUGCAGAUAAAUCAAGCUUACAAACAUGGAAGGUGAUAUAUCCAAAUUUAACAUCGAUGCCCCAAGAUGGGACCAGAGUACGUUCAUGGGCAGGUUGAAGCACUUCUUCAAUAUUACAGACCCCAGGACGGUGACCGUAUCCGAGCAAGAGCUGGACAGAGCAAAAACGCUUGUUGAAGCCUGCAGAGCAGGUGUCACUCCACCGGGCACCAGUAUAGAACAACUUCAUUAUGCCAAGAAGUUAUAUGACUCCGCCUUCCAUCCGGACACCGGCGACAAGAUGAACCUUAUCGGGAGAAUGUCUUUCCAGGUUCCAGGAGGGAUGGCGAUCACCGGAUGUAUGCUACAGUUUUACAGGACUGUUCCUGCAGUGGUGUUUUGGCAGUGGGUUAACCAGUCUUUUAACGCGCUUGUAAACUACACGAACCGAAAUGCGGCCUCUCCCAUCACCCCAGUCCAGAUUGGAGUUGCUUACGUGACGGCCACUGGAACUGCUCUAGCCACUGCUGUAGGACUUAACUUGUAUACUAAGAGAGCACCGCCAUUGAUCGCCCGUUGGGUUCCAUUUGCUGCCGUCGCUGCUGCCAAUUGUGUUAAUAUUCCUAUGAUGAGACAACAAGAAGUUCUUAAUGGAAUUGCGGUCACAGAUGAAAAUGAUAACAAGCUCGGACACUCAAAGAAAGCUGCCAUAAAGGGGAUUAGUCAGGUGGUAAUGUCCAGAAUUGCCAUGGCUGCUCCAGGGAUGAUAUUGCUGCCAAUUCUGAUGCAAAGGUUAGAGGCAUUUCCAUUUAUGAAGAAAAUCCAUUUCCUCCAUGCACCUCUACAAGUUACACUGGCUGGUGGAUUCUUGCUGUUCAUGGUUCCUGUUGCCUGCUCAUUGUUUCCACAGCGAUGUUCAAUGGCCGUGAGCAGUCUAGAACCUGAGCUUCGAAAUUCUAUCCAGAGCCAAUAUGGAGACAAAAUUCAAUAUGUUUAUUUUAAUAAAGGUUUAUAACCACUGGACUUAACUCUUGGAAACCUGAAAACUAGUUGUAUUUUGCUGCAAUGAAGCUGCAGUCUCCUUAUUGAGCUUCCUACAGCUCUAAUGCUCUGUUGAACCUCAACUAUGCAAAAAAUACAGGAAAGAAUUUUUAACUCCUUGAUCCUUCUGAAUGUUUUGUGUGUUUUGCAGACUUGUGCUGCAUGCUGUAAGCAGGCUAUAUACUGAUCCCAGUAAGAAGUACUUUAUCUGUUUGUAGGGUGUGUUGAACGGGCCACAAGUAGACAAGGAUAAACAGGUACCCG